UAUAUCCUUCCCUCCAACACUCUUCACUUCCAGGGCUCCAAUUAUCAUCCCCAUUCUUUGAUAAUAAGCUCUGUUCAUCAUCAAUGGCGUCGCCGCCGGACACCAGUAAAACAACAAAACUUGAACGCUACAACAGCUACAUAAGAAGAGUCAAUAGCACCAAGCUCUUAGCUGCAUCCUCCAAGCUUCUUUUUCGUGUUACCCUUUUGGUUGCUUUAGUCUUGAUCUUUUUCUUUACCUUUAACUACCCUCCGCUUUCCGAUAACCCUACCCCCGCCGGCCACCAUGUUCACACCACAUCCCACCUUCUUUCCUCCGCGUUUUACGGUAGUGGUGCGUCAUGGGAGAAGGAGGUGAGGCGUUCUUCCACCCCUCGUCGUCCAAAUGGGUUUUCUGUGCUUGUCACCGGCGCCGGAGGUUUUGUUGGCACACACUGCUCUCUUGCUUUGAAGAAACGCGGUGAUGGUGUUCUGGGUUUGGAUAAUUUCAAUACUUACUAUGAUCCGUCGUUGAAACGCGCUAGACAGAAGGUCUUAAAGCAACACGAGAUCUUCAUCGUUGAAGGAGAUCUGAACGACGGCGAGUUGUUGGCGAAGCUUUUUGACAUUGUUCCUUUCACCCAUGUCCUUCACUUGGCUGCUCAAGCGGGUGUUCGUUACGCCAUGGAGAAUCCACAGUCUUACGUUAGCUCCAACAUUGCUGGAUACGUGAAUCUCUUGGAAGUCGCGAAAAACGCAGAUCCACAGCCGGCGAUUGUCUGGGCUUCUUCUAGCUCCGUUUAUGGAUUGAACACCGAGAACCCGUUCUCGGAAUCUGAUCGGACCGACCAACCGGCCAGUCUUUACGCCGCCACAAAAAAAGCAGGAGAGGAAAUCGCCCACACCUACAACCACAUCUAUGGUCUCUCCAUUACCGGACUUCGAUUCUUCACUGUUUAUGGGCCUUGGGGUAGGCCAGACAUGGCUUACUUCUUCUUCACUAAAGACAUACUUCAAGGAAAACCAAUCAAUGUUUACCAAACUCACGACAACAAAGAGGUGGCGCGUGACUUCACGUACAUCGACGAUAUCGUGAAGGGAUGCUUAGGGGCUCUUGAUACGGCGGAGAAAAGCACCGGAAAGGGUGGGAAGAAGAAAGGUCCGGCGCAAUUGAGGAUAUACAAUCUAGGGAACACGUCACCGGUGACGGUGGGGAAACUGGUGUCAAUAUUGGAGAGUUUAUUGAACGUGAAGGCCAAGAAGCAUGUGAUCAAGAUGCCACGAAACGGCGACGUUCCUUUCACUCACGCUAACGUGAGCCUAGCGUAUAAAGACUUCGGGUACAAACCCACCACCGAUUUGUCGAGCGGGUUAAGAAAAUUCGUCAAGUGGUACGUUAGUUAUUACGGCAUACAACCAAGGGUAAAAGGGUCAAAUGACUCAGCUUGAUCUCCAACCAUUAAAAAACUUUCUGCUUCUUUUCUGUUUUUUCUUUUUCCCAUUUUGCCACUUUUUUAAGUUAUAAUUUUCCUUUUAAAUCGAUCAAAAAGAUUGAUGCCAUUGUAUGGAAAUCCAAUAUUGUUGUAUCAUAGUUUACCGUAUAUGUAUACAUACCACAUAUGAUAAGAAGAAAGAUAAAUGGAAAUGGAGGUGGGGAAGUGUAGAUUUGAGAAGUGGAAGGGUUCAAGUUGUAAUAUUUUAUUGUUAGAUGUAAAUUUGAACAUAAUUGAUUUGUACCCAUAAAGCAAAGGGAAGAGAUCAAGCUAUUGGAUUCUGAAAGUUUAAAGAAAAAUUGGCAUCAAAAGUUCUAUUUA